CGAUUCGCAGCCACGUCCGAAUUGAUCGGCAUAUCCUUUCUCGCAGACAAGGAUUAUCAAACAGAUCGGAAAUGAUCGCUUGUCUCGAGGAAGUCGUGCCUUAGCGAAGCUUAAUACCACGGCGAAAGUAAUCCGCCACCGCUCCCCUUUAGCGACUAGUAGCAUUUAAGAUCCAUCACACUCUUUCACCGAAUAGCCUCCUCGUUACGAAGAGGAGGAAAGGUGAGUUUCAGUUUCGAUGGGCCUUGGAGGUCGCGGAAAAGUGAGGACGCUUAGUAUAAUCGUCCCCUCCACGCCCGAUCGCGUGGUUGGACGGAUUUGAAGAAAGUUGUCGUGUGUGAGAAGAAGAUACAUUCCACACCGUACAUCUCUUUCUUUUUUUUCUCCCUCCCCUCCCUCCUUUACCGUCUCCGUCCACGUACGUGUCCACGUGUAUGACGCGACGGACACGAACACCAGCGAGGCGAGUGUCGUGGGGUCUCUUGGAGAAAGGUGCUACUCCACCGUCUUCGAUAUUAGAGAGGAGCUUCUUGAAGAGCGGUGGCCGCCGGUGGUGGUGGCAUCGAGUAGGGAGAAACGGGCCCCUGGGCCCGAUCUGUCUUCAGUUCUCAUGCGAGGUUCCGCUCGGUAUCGUUCAGCCAAGACACAUCAGCUCCGAUCGUCUCGAGCGGUGUCAUGUCGCGAAUCAGCCGCCUCUAACGCGAGGAAUCGGCCGGUGAGAAGUGUGUGAAUCUCCCCACGAGGAAGAGCCCGAAGAACGAUCGUAACAAUGCGGUUCGCCAAGCUGAGACUCUUCACGGCGACGCUCCUCGUCGUUGCGACCCUCGCCAAGGAGGAGAGCUCGUCGUCGAAGAGCCGCGACAAACGUCAACAGCUCGCAUUUCUGCGAAAGGGUGGUCGUCUGCCGCCGUAUGCGGUGCAGAUGGAACCAAUAGUGCAAUACUCUCAGAGAGAUCCUUUGUACAAUCCCUUAGCAAACCCGAAGAAUGACGAUCUAUAUGAGGAGACCCCAUUGAGCUAUUAUCCAACGGAGCCUGAGCCAAUCAUUGAGAUCAUCAUCAAAGAAUCCAAUGAAUCUCUUCCGACUCCGGUACCACCACCGCUUCCUCCACGACCUACCAAGGAACCCAUCCAGGUCUUCUACGUAAAAUACGAAAAGAAAAAAGGCUACGGGGACAAAACCCGCGUCGUUUACGAUCCGCCGAUCCCUGCGUUAACGCCUGUAGAGGAGCACGAGGAAAUCAAACCGGAGAAUCCGGCGCCGUACGCGGAGGAGCCGACGCACACGGUGACGCCGCUACCGCCCUCGGAACCGUCGACGACCUUACGCGCCAUCAUUCGACCUGAUAGCGAGGUGUACCAUUCUGGCAGUAGCGGCAUCCGAGUGACUUUCGGCACCGAACAAGUGCCACCAAACAGUCAUAGCAAACGCAGUGACCUGGAGACGCCUACAAGCAGCACUCAACAACACGUCAGCAAGCCGACGACGUCGCCAGGAGCGCCGAAGAGACAGCACGGCCCGUAUCAGCCGCUGCAGCCACCGCAACCCCCACGAGUGCCACCCGCGUUCCCACAACAACGUAUUAUCAAUUCCUUCCCACCGCAACUACAGGCAACGACGUUUUUGCAACAGCAACAGCAACAACCGCCACUACCGCCGCCGCCACCACCACAUCAAGCAUUUCCAUCUCAGCAAUCCUUGAGGAACCUGCCACCACCACCAGCACCACCACCACCAUCACCAUCGAGACCAUUGCAACGGCAUCCUAUAACGAUUCAAGGUCUCCCGGAAGUACAACAACGCGCGACGUUCAACAAUUUCGGUCCACCGCUACAUCACGUUAACAUCAAUCAUCCGCAACAACCGGGAUUCCCGUCCACGCUAUCGGUAUCGCAUCAGAGCGUUCACGUGCAGACUCGACCGUUGUCGUUGCCACAGAAUAACUUUGCAGAACCUCCCCAAACAUUACCAGUCAGGCCUGGCGGCUUCAAUCCGGAGCCGCCGCAGCAACCAUUAUCCAGACCUAACAGUUUCAAUGUGGAGCUUCCGCCGCAAUCGCUACCUCCGUUCAAGCAGCAGGAACUGGAGAAGCAACGUUACCACGAGCAACGACGGCAGCAAGAGUUGUUGAAGCAACGGGAGCAUCAACGGCAGCACGAGCAGCAGCGACAUCAAGAACAUCAACGGUUCCUAGAGCAGCAGAGACAAAUCGAGCAACAGAGACUAUUGGAGCAACAGAGGCAGCAGGAACAUCAGAGACAACAAGAGCAUCAAAGACUUCAAGAGCAACAGCGACUGCAGGAACAACAACGCUUGCAAGAACAACGUCGGCUACAGGAACAGCAGCGAUUGCAAGAGCAGCAGCGAUUGCAGGAAUUGCAGCGCUUGCAGGAGCAACGCAAGCGGAAGCAGGAGCAGGAACUCAAGUUUCUUCAGGAACAACAACGAUAUCGCACGCAACUUAAAUAUAAUCAGGUCCAGUUUCAACAGCCGCAAUUGCAAUCGCAAUUGCAGCCACAAUCACCGUCGCAAUUACCUUCGCAACGACCGGCAGGUGAAAUCUUCAAGGCCGUGUCGAAGCUGGAACAGCAUUACGCGAUCAGAGAAAAUCCUCUUCAUCCUGGUCCAUUCCCGCCAAAUCCCACAAUAGUGCAACCAACGGCGUUUCCCGAACUCUCACAGAACCAGUUCAUAUCCGGGCAACCGUUCAAUGCUAUUCAGGAUUCCCAGCAACUUUCCGCGAAUCCAUUAAAUCAUUUCACCUCCGCUGACAAUCUACAGCGACAAUUAAACACGCAACAAUUAAGUCAACAGUUAAAUACGAAACAGCAAUCUCAUCAGAAUAAUCAACAGAGCCUCUUCACGCAGAAUCUUCCGGUAUCGCAACCACGACCGCAAACCACUUUCUCUCAGCAACCAUCGAUAUGGGGCCGGCCGUUGUUCCAGAACAAUCCCACGCAGAAGAUCUACGCGACGCCGGUUAGCCCGUCCGAAGAGUUUAACUCGCCGUCGACCGUAAGAACGUCGUACUCGCCGUCGACUACAACUACGACUACGACUACGACGACCACGACCACGACUACGGAAGCGCCAACCACGACGACGCUUUCGCCAAACAAGGUAGCCAAGAUCAAAGAAAACAUAGCGAAUCUGCCGGACGAGGUGCCGGAUGACAUCAGGGAACAGCUGCUGAGCUCCGGUAUUUUGGGCAACGCCGACAUCCAGAUCCUCGACUACGACAAGAUCGGCGAUAUACCGAUCGAGAAACUGCCGCCCGAAGCCCUGGCGAAUUUCUACGGCGCCGGAGGCGGAGCGGCGAUUGCCGCAGGCAGUGAACCCGUGCCGACGAUCGUCAAGAGACCAUCGUCGAAGACGACGCAAAAGAAGGCGACGAACCUGACUGCCGCCACCGCCAGCAAGUUCGAACAGGCCACGUUGCGGCCCGGCGGCGUGGAGAUGAAAGUAGUACGCUUCGAUCCGAAUACGGAGCAAGGCCGGACCGUGGCGGAGCAGCACAUACGGGACGAUGCAACCCGGCUCGAACCGGUGACCGUGGGAGCGCGCGGGGAUGCUGCUGCGCAGCAGUACAAUCGUUAUCUGCCUCUUAAAGUGAGCGGCGCGUCCUUUCCGAUUCCGGACGUGCCGGAGCUCAACGGCCGUAGGAUCUCGAGCGUCGUGGUGCUGGCACCUGUCGACUACGACUUUCCCGGCGAGGAGAAGGAGAUCGCAGCGGCGGCGGCGGCGGCGGAAUCGCAGCGGCGCGGCAGGAAGGCCGGCGGCGACGCGCAGCCGGUCAGGUUUCUCGCUGGUGACACCCUCAAGCAACUCGUCAAGAAACCCACCGCGGAGAACUACAAGAAGUGGCUCGAGCAGGAGAGCCACACCGAGCCGCAGAGGCAGUCCGUCGUUCUCCUGGUGACCAUGCCGAGAGACAGUGACGGUCAGGGUGACAAGGAAAUCUUCAUGUAUGACGUGACCUCUGGAUCCGUUAGCAGGCUGGCCGGUGAUCUCUCGACGGCCUUCGUGGACGCCGCUGAAAGCAACUCCGACGGCACCGAUUCCAUCGACGACUCUACCUUCUCGACGUAUUAACUUAAUCUCUUAAAAAAAAGUCUUUUCUCUUGAAAUGUUUAAAAAUGUUUAAUCUACGGCCGGGCGCAGAAUUUCUCUUUUGGAGAGGAUUGACAACACAGGGGACAUGUAUUUAAAACAUGUAUUUAAAAUUCUAUCUCUAUGAAGUGCUUUAACUAAAUCGAGUUUAACUCUUUUGUCGUUUCGCAACGGAGGUAAGAGGAUUGAUUUAAAUCUGUGUGCUGCUUACACAAUAAUGAAUGCUAAUGCUUAAACGCUGAUAAAAAAAAGGACAGAGUUCCGAGAUCGCAUGACGCAUUCCUUGCAAUUUUGGGCAAGAAAUCAAGAAACGAGAGUAAGGAUUUUGGAAUAAGACGGAGAAUUGCAGUGUGGCAAAUUCGAGUAUCUUGUAGAUAUCUUAAGUAUGUAUUAUUAUGUACAUAAGAAUAAUUUUGUACUUUUUUAUACGAAAUAAAACGCAGUCUUUUUAAAUUUGCA